GUGGUGCAGCAGCCCUGUGAAAUGCCAGGUCUGCAAACCUCCCUGGUGAAAGGUGAGUUGGGGGUGUCUAAUAACCUCCAGCCCCCUGCACUGUCCUAGCUGGGGAAUACCCACACCUGUGAUUGCUUAGAGAGGCCUGUGGCUCAGUUGUUCUAGCUGAGUUGUGAGGGUAAAAGCAGGCAAGUAGCUUAGAUAAAAUCUGAGGGACCUUGACUGGUCCAUGUUGGGUCCAGGACCCAGAUAAGGAUACAAGGGCCAGGGGCCCACUGUGAGGGAUGCCCAGAGAGCAAGAGACUUGGGUUCCCGACUGGCCUGAGAUGGGGCCAGGGCCUAAGGAAGAGCUGACGCUCCCAGAGGGGACCACGGCUAAUGGGGGUAAGGGUACAGUUGAGUUUAGCUGCCUGAGAUGCCAUCUGGGAGGCUUGGGCUACAGUGUAGGGGUGGAAUGGAGCUGCAGAGAUUCCCCUGAACAUGAGGGUUCAAAAUGGGCAGCUUCCUGCUAAUUAACAUUGUAAUCAUGUAUCAUCAAGGGAUAGCAGGUCAGAGAGGGGGGUGGUUAGCCCAGAGACGGGUGGGCAGGCCAGCAUGGAACCAGCCUGGGAAAGGCCCCUUGUUACAGGGCCCCUAAGCAUCAGAGCAGGGAUGCUCUGGGCCAGCUUUCCCAGCAGUGAGAGCAAACACAACAGACUGCAAGAUGGAGUUCCUUACGUUGUGGACUGUUUUCUAUGAAGUGACUCGUGCUUUAGGACUGGAGGAAGUUCACGUGCCUUGCUGGCUUUGCCAAGGGCGGGAAGUACUUCUAAUGAUGACUCAAAGCACAGCCAGGAGAUGGACACGGCAUCUGGACAGGUGUAAAAUUAGAUGAUUGUAGCUUCAAAUGCUCACAAAGCAAGCAGGUUUGCAUGCUCUGGCAGGAGCAUUGGAGGUUCAUGGAGAAGUGGGAAGAUCUGUUGCCUUACAGUGUCCCUACAGCCCAGAGCACGAUGCUGCAGAGAAGCUGUGGUGCAAGUAUGAGGGGACGUGGUGUCUUAGCAUCUUGGCGUCCAUGGGGAGUACCAGUGAUGGGCACCACGGCAGAGCAGCCGUCCAUGAGAUCAGGGAAAAUCGGACUUUUGCUCUGACAGUGGAGGGACUCCAAGUGAAUGACACAGGGAUAUACGAGUGCAGAAUCCGGAUGCCUGGAGAGGCCAGCGUCACGCUGCUGAACAUCUUGUUACACAUCUCCACGGAGGGAACACUCAGUCAGCCCAGCUCGUCCAUUGACGUCACACCCAGAACCACCAGCAGCACUGCCUUUGCCAUGGCUGCUUCCAUAUCCACGGUGGUCCUGGUUCUAGCUGUCUUUUUGAUGGGGAUUCUGGGACUGAAAUGGAAACAGAGAAGGAAUGGAGGCCCCCGGAAACAUCUCACCUGGAAUAUAUUUAGGCGUGACAUAAUAUCGCCAGCUGUCGCAAGGGAGGACGAUUUUGCUAUAUAUGUGAAUAUGCCACGGUUCCCACGCUCCUGAAACUCCAGUGCCCUGUACCCAGCUCUCGCCUCCCACAUGUGAUGGGCAGAAAUGGCCUUUGAGUGACACCAAACAGCUGUGGGUUGGUGCAUCUAGGCUCCAUUCCUCCUGCUGCUACAAGCUCAUUGCAUGAC